CUGGGACCAGAUAUUGGUCGUCAUCCUCGUUGAGCGUGGAUACGACAUGGUACCACUACCAUUAUCAGUAAUCUCAUGAAAACGGCAAGCAACUCCACCCUCGAGAUAUAAAGUAGAGUUCCUCCUGCGAUCCUAACUCCUUUUCCUUUCAAUUCUUUCUUUCACCUUUUCGUUAAAGAAAGUCGCUCGCUCUCAGACUCUUCGUUCGUUUUCUUGCUUCCUUCGGGAAUUGUCAUUUAUUGCUAUCCAGAAACUUCUGUCUCAAAAGCAAGAAAUUAAUUUUCAAAAUGGUCAACUCUGGCAUUGCACUUCUGGCUCUGGCCGGGCCAGCCUUUGCUGGUAUUAUGCCGAACAAGGGCAAUGACGAGGGUCAUCCUGGUUACUCUGGUCUAACUGCUCCCAGCAAGUGGACUAGUGAGCCUCACUGGGUCACCAGGACGACAACUUACUUGACCACUUCCUGCCCAAUUUCCCACACGAAAGUCACUUCUGGAACCAAGACUUUGACUGUGCCUAUCACUCUGACUAAGACAAUCACCGUGACUACCACUACCGUCUUUGACAAAAACAUCAAGACUCCAGUGGUCGUGCCCACUGGAACUGCGUCUACCCGUCCUCUGGUUCCGACUUCUGUCCCGACUCGCAACGCGACUACUAUUGUGCCGCCUCCUCCAAAGAUCGUCCCAACAGGACACUGUCCCGACCCCACGCCCGCUCCUUUCACCAACAGCACUGUUCCUACCCCUGUGCAGCCAGUUCCUGUUGCCCCUGGACAGCCCUCGGCUCCUAGCCAGCCUUCUGUCCCUGGCCAGCCCUCUGUUCCUGGCCAGCCUUCUGUUCCCAGCCAGCCCUCUGUUCCUGGCCAGCCUUCUGUUCCCAGCCAGCCCUCUGUCCCUGGUCAGCCUUCUGUUCCCAGCCAGCCCUCUGUUCCUCAGCAGCCCUCUGUUCCUGGCCAGCCCACUGUUGUCUCGCCGCCGCCAGCCGAGACUUCUCUCACUGGCUCUGCUUCCCAGUUCGAGCCUGCCGCCGGUCUCCUGGCUGGUAUCUGGGCUGUCAUGCUCAUGCUUUAA